AUGUAUUCUGGAGCUCCAGAUCGCUUCAUAUCAUAUAUCUGGUUGACGGGAAACGAAUUUGGACCAGACCGCGAUUUUCCUGAAGCUCAGCAACAAUGGCAACAUAUGCUCCUACUUCCCCGGGAACUAAGCGUAAAAACAAUUAGAAAUGUUUUUAACAAUGAGCUUGUCCAAGAAAUUGGAUCGUGGCGUGUAUCUGGAUCUACUCAUGGAUCUAAAUCCAGUGGCCACCAGAACUGUGUCGAACUCGAGACACUUGGGAUAGAUAUUGCGAGAGAAACAUACGAAGCAAUAACUUAUGCAUCAGACUCUUUUAUCGUGUCAUUCCAGCAGUCGGCGCGAGGGUCCGCACUUCAAUCCGGUUUUCAAAUUCUUGCAUCUGACCUAGAGUUCACCACCAUCUAUUAUCAGUUCUCCAAUGAGUCCAUCGUGAUCGACCGAAGCAAUUCCAGUGCUGCAGCUCGAACAACAAGCGGGAUUGAUAGUUAUCCUGAAUCGGGACGUUUACGCUUAUUCGACGUUCAAGAACAGUGCAAUCAAAAAUAUGAUGGAGAUGGAGAAAUCGAUCAUGAUAAUGAAAACAAACAGAUCGAAACCUUGGAUCUAACGAUUGUUGUGGACAAUUCUGUUCUAGAGGUCUUCGCUAAUUCUCGGUUUGGGGUUUCAACUUGGGUUCGGCCCUGGUAUGCUAAUUCCACAGAGAUACGCUUCUUCCAGAACGGUGAUGGCGAAGUGACGUUUCGUAAUAUCCAUGUCCAUGACGGCUUGUAUGAUGCGUAUCCAGCUAGGGAUAGGUAG